CCACGCUUGCCAAGAGAUUAUAAAAUGAGAUAAUGAUAUCAGCCCCAUAGGUUUUUUUUUUCCUACAUUCGAGUGGGAGCGAUAGAUUAAUCAGAGCAGUUCUCAGAAAACCAAUAACCAAUCCAGUUCUGAGGAUCAACUGCUCACUAAUUUCUACAAUUCUGUCAAGACCCAACUUUUUGUUUUUAAAUGAAAAGUUUUUGGGGGGUACUACAGCAUUAGCCAUAUGGAUUUAGAGAUUCAGAUAUAUCUGAUUCAGCCUGGAAGAAUCCUGGUGAUGUAAGAUUACAAGGAAAGUCAGUAAAAUACACCAAAAAAACCAGAACAAAUCUGACUCUAUUUCCCUGAAUUUUUUUUAUUUUCUGUUGUCUUUCUCUGUCAAAGUUGGGUUCUUCAAGGACUAACUGAAAAUACAUGAGGCAAUAGGCAACCAUUACAAAGGAGAGAAAGAAAACAGGCUUGUAAAGACAAAAAGUAAGGUCUGUCUUGCACCUUGUUCUUUUUUUACGGCCCUCAGUCUUCCUUUUGCCUGUUUGUGUCCCUUGCAAAGCCUGUCAUCUCAGAAGUUUUGUAUCAAUUUUUGUAGGUAAGAUUCUUAAAAUAUCUGAAUUUAGAAGCCACAGUGAUUCUGAUGAAUCAGGCAGCUUUUUUCUUUAACUGAUUUUUUUAAUUGAAAUUUCUUUCUCAUGAUGCAGAUAUAACCUCUUUAGAAUCUUGGGAAAGCUUUUGCUUUUGGAGGAAUUCAGCAAUGGAAGACAGAUAUUCUUUUUCCAGGCAGGGCAGUGGUGUAUGGAGAUCCUUGAGGAAUGGGGAUUUUGAGGAAGAAGAUGUUUGGGCAGUUCUCAAGGAAAGACAAGAUUCUACAUCCAAGGUUGGCCAGUCCAUUGAAUCUUAUGUUCCUGUCAGAAGAGACCUCCCUAGUGCUGCAAGAAUGAUCCCAAAAACUUUCUCUGUUGCUAAUAACAGCAGUAAUAUUGGCAGCUCUGCUUCAAGUUCCGGUCAUGAGGCUAAUGGAGUUAAGCAGCAAUCAGCUCCUGUUAACAUUCCUGAUUGGUCAAAGAUUUCUAGCAACAAGUCAAAGAAGGUUUCUUGUAGGAAUGGUUCAUGGCAUGAUGAUGAUGGCGGCGGUGGUGGUGGUGGUGGUGGUGGUGAUGAUGGUGAUGGGGUAAUGAAUGGUUUUGGACAUAGUGAUGAUGAAGAAGAUCAUUAUGAUGAAUACGAUUCCAAGGUUCCACCACAUGAAUUUCUUGCCAGGAGGCUUGCAAGGAGUCAGAUAUCUUCUUUCUCAGUUUUUGAAGGUGUUGGCAGAAAACUCAAAGGGAGGGAUUUGAGGAAAGUGAGAAAUGCUGUUUUAACAAAAACAGGUUUCCUUGAAUAAUGUUAUCAAGUCCCCAUCAUUGUGAUCAUAAAUGGUAAUGUAGAAAGCAUUUCUCUUUUAGUUUUUGUCAGUCUAAUAUUGUGAAUGGGGGUUUUGAGUGGUUGCUUAGUCUGGAAGUUGUCUAUUGCUUUUUUAGGGCAUUACAAGAUCCAUUCUUCUGCCAAAAAAUUGAAUGAAUCAAUGAUAGUUUCCAUAUAUGUUUUGAUUUUAAGUCGAGUCUGAGUCGAGUUGAAAACUUGUUUCAUCCAGCUAGAAAGCUUAGGAAUCUUGAAACAAUUUAGAGCCAUGGAAUUGAUAAUGAAAAGUUGCGAAUAUCAUGAAAUGAACCUUUGAGAAAGAAGAUAAACAAUGUCUUGAUGGCAGUAUUUAUUUACAAGAACACCCAUAUCAAAGCACAAUAUCCAUCAGAUAAAAUACAUGGCUUCAAGGUCCUAUGAUUCAGCACGUGCAGCAUUAUGUCAUUAAAGGGGGCCAAUUGCAAUCAAUUCUGCAGAGUGCAUACCUAAUGUAAUGAAGCUAAAAUAAAUCAGGAUUCAACCACCUGCUCAAUCAACUCAAACGAGUGUA